AUACAAGACAGAUUACGCUAGGUGGCGCGGCUUUUUGUAAACUACGACGUUGAGAAGAGAUUUUUUAAGGGAAUUUACCAAUUUAAGCUUUCAACUUCGAUCAAAAAAAUGAUCAAGUAGUCGAUGAAGAAGCAGGUCUCUUCAACCUUCUGGAAUAUUGUAUAAUAUGCGAAUAACAGCAGGCAGUACGAGGAACUUUUCGUAUGGUACGUGCUAGUAGAUCUUGUAGUAAGCUAGAUUGUUUGAGUUUAAUCGCCGUAUUUUUUUUAUGUAAUCAAGGCCCCAUAGUUCUAAUAUCAUUAAAAUAGGUUGAUUUAUACACAAAACAAUAUUUUAAACAUUUAGUUCUCCUCCAUAUACAAUCUAAAUACACGAUUAUUCUAACUGUAUACAGCAUGCGCUCUAGCUACAGCUACGCAAGGUGAGAAAACAUGGCGUCGUUCCAAAAUUCGCACACUCAAAACUUGCAAACCAAUUUUCAAGAUCAGAGAAAAUAAUUUUGCUUUAUCAACUCAGAUUAUAAAAUAAAUUUAUUGAUUUCGAUCUCUUCAACUAUUAUAACUCUACACUCAAUAUAGAAGUACAACCAAACUGUAUGCAGUAUUCGUGUUAUUUAAUCCUACCUCAAAAUGACCUACUUUUAUCUACUUCAAUGGGCAGACGAAAAGCGCGAUUUUUCACUAACUUUAAUUUAAAACAGUAAAUCGCUUUUAAAAAAAAAUUCAAUUUAUAUCUAAAAACUUUAAGAGAAAAGGAUAUAUUUUUAUUUGGAUUUAGGAAAGCAAGCAAAAAAGAUCUUGGCCGUAGACUCGCUAUCAAGCGAUCGAAAAAAAAACAGAAGUUAACUCGUAUUUAAUUCACAUCAGACAGUUUAGUAAUGCGAAGCUGACUUAGUUUAAUUAUACCUGUAUUUUCCAUUCUAAAAUGUUACAGGAUGAAUAUCACCCGUUCAUCGAGGCUCUGUUGCCGCAUGUUCGAACUUUUGCUUACACGUGGUUCAACUUGCAAGCCUCUAAACGUAAGUACUUUAAGAAGCACGAAAAGCGUAUGACGAUGGACGAGGAACGUCGCGUGAAAGAAGAACUGGAAUCGGAAAAGGCCGAUGUUAAACAAAAAUGGGCUUCAAGACUUUUAGCGAAACUUAGGAAAGAUAUAAAUCAAGAAUGCAGAGAAGAUUUUGUAUUGAGUAUAACUGGUAAGAAGGCGCCAACGUGCGUACUCUCGAAUCCUGAUCAGAAGGGAAAGAUGAGACGCAUUGACUGCCUUCGCCAGGCUGAUAAAGUUUGGAGGCUUGAUCUAGUUAUGGUCAUAUUAUUCAAAGCGAUACCUUUAGAAUCUACUGAUGGGGAACGAUUAGAGAAAUCUCCUCAAUGUAUUCAUCCGACUCUUUGUGUUAAUCCAUAUCAUAUCAGCGUGAGCGUUCGAGAGCUCGAUCUGUAUCUUGCUAACUUUAUACACACAUAUGUUCCGCCUGGUUGCGGCAACUACGAACCACCGUCAGCGGAUGAUGCUCAAGACAUGAAAGUACCUCGCAACUUGCAUUCUGGUGUGUCGGGAAACAGCAGUAUUGUGGCCACAGGCGUUUAUUCGGCCAGAGAAUUGAUGAGAGUAACAAGAAGAACGAUGCAAAAUGAUCAAAAUGGUUCGAUGGAAGAGAGUGCGUAUUCAUCGCCUUCCGGUACAUACUAUCAAAUGCAACAUGAAGAUUUACUCACUGAAAAAGCUGAUGGUCGACCUCUUAAACGUCGAAAGCAUGAUACAAUAUCAUCGAUAUCAAGUGUAGAAGAGGACGAUGGUGAAGAAAAUUCCCCAUUUGUCUAUAACCCUUCUUGGUCCUCUCAUGUAUCUUCCCUGGGAGAAGGAGGUUUAGCAAAGGUCUCGUCUUCACGUACCGAUUCACCAGCGAAGCAUUCGCCUUCAGGUAACUCAGGAUCAGCGGCAAACGACUCUACUUCAACAUCGACCAGAUAUGGACAACCGGGCAGUGAAAGUUUAUCAGACUUUGUUAGCCUUGUUUGUCAAGAGGCAAGCGGACAACAGACGAUCGUUAGAAGCCCAGCCAAACAACUUCCGCAUCAUUUCUUUCCAUCUGGUAUGGCUCCUCCACCUUCCCCUGCUAAUAUAGCACGACCGGUCGCUGUCAUUCACACAUCAGAUGGUAAUAAAGUUCCAGCCACAACAGAAACAAGGUCACUGAUGUCUUCGCCCUUUCACGUUGUUCGAAACGAUCAGAUGUUUUCACACAUUCAGUCCUCGAAUCCCUAUUUGGGAUAUUCGGGAUCCAGUGUCAGUCCUACAAUUAGCGGUAUUAUUAGUCCUACUUCCUGGAGUCAACUGAUGGCUUCGUCACCUGUGACUUCCAAUAAAUCAACUGCUAGAAAUACUCCGACUGGGCCACCGCGUCUACUUAUGACGCCAGGUGUUGAAAGUGAUAUAGAUGCCAACAUUCAAAUGAUGAACCUAGCGCAUACAACUCAAGACGAUAAUAUUCUGCAAGAAGAAAGAUUUCUGCAUUUGAUGCCUACCAAUUCGCCCGAAGUAGAAAAUGGUCAUGCAACGAACGAACAAGCGGCAAAGAGGAGUUGA